CUUGUCAGAGGGGCUUAGACUCCCUUCAUUCUGACGCCUACUUCUGUACUUCAGGCUAUUCAUUUCUUACUUAUAGCUGUUUCUUUAUCUUUGCAACAAUGAAUAGGGGUCAACAGUCAUUUGGUAGCAGGUCUGUAGUGGGCACUAAGACCUUUAGCUCUGCAUCGAUUGGUGGUGGAGGCGGUGGCUUUAGUAGAGGUGGUGGAGGUAGAAUUAGUUUUAGUUCAACUUCUAUGUCUAAAGGAAUGGGUGGGGGUGGUGCUGGUGGUGGUGGAGGAGGAUUCAUGCAUGGUGGAGGUGCUGGUUUUAGUUCUCAAAGUCUCCAUAGUCUUGGAGGAACAAGAAAGACUGCCAUUAGUACAGGCAGUGGCCGUGGAGGAGGGGGAAGUUUUGGUGGAGCUGCUGGUGUAGGAUUUGGUGGUGGUGCAGGUGGUGGAGGAUAUGGUGGUGGAGCAGGAGGUGGAGGAUUUGGAGGUGGAGGAUUUGGUGGUGGAGGAUUUGGUGGUGGAGGAUUUGGAGGUGGAGGUGGAGGAUUUGGUGGUGGGGGAUUUGGUGGUGGUCCAGGAGGAUUAGAUGGUGGCUUUGGUGGCAUGAAUUUUCCUGUAUGCCCCCCUGGUGGAAUUCAGGAAGUUACCAUUAACCAGAGCCUUCUGGCACCAUUAAAUAUGGACAUUGAUCCAACAAUUCAAAAAGUGAGGACAGAAGAAAGGGAGCAAAUCAAGACCCUCAACAACAAAUUUGCUUCCUUCAUAGACAAGGUCAGAUUUUUGGAGCAACAAAACCAAGUACUGAACACAAAAUGGGAACUUUUGCAAGAACAUGGGCAAAAAGGUGUUUCAAAGAGAAGCAACAUUGGACCUCUCUUUGAAGCUUACAUCAGCAAUCUGAGACGUACAUUGGAUGGGCUGCAGAAUGACAAACAUCGCCUGGAAACAGAUUUGAGGGGCACUCAAGAUUUGGUAGAGGAUUACAAAAACAAAUAUGAGGAUGAAAUUAACAAGCGAACCACUGCCGAAAAUGAAUUUGUAGUACUCAAAAAGGAUGUGGAUGCCGCGUACAUGAACAAAGUGGAGCUGGAGUCUAAAGUCGAUGCAUUGACUGAUGAAAUCAACUUCCUCAGGACUCUAUAUGAAGCGGAAGUUCAAGACCUUCAAAGUCAGCUUUCAGACAUCUCUGUUGUUCUGUCUAUGGACAAUAACCGGGUGCUGGAUCUCGAUGGCAUCAUUGCAGAGGUGAAAUGUCAGUAUGAGGAGAUAGCCAACAAGAGCAAAGCUGAGGCUGAAGCUGCCUGUGCCAUGAAGUUCCAGCAGCUACAAGCAACAGCAGGUCAGCAUGGAGAUAGAGUCAAAAGUAGCAAGACUGAAAUUGCAGAUCUGAAUCGCAUGAUCCAGAGAUUAAAGGCUGAGAUUGAAAAUGUGAAGAAGCAGUGUGCCAAUCUGCAGAUAUCUAUCACAGAGGCAGAGGAACGUGGAGAACUUGCUGUAAAAGAUGCACAAAAAAAAUUAGAUGAACUUCAGGAAGCCCUAAAGAAGGCAAAGGAGGAAAUGGCCAAGCAAUUACAUGAGUACCAAACACUGAUGAGCAUUAAGCUGUCCUUGGAUAUUGAAAUUGCCACCUACAGAAAACUGCUAGAAGGAGAGGAAUGCAGGAUAACAGGAGAGAUUCAAAAUAAUGUCAGCAUUUCUGUGAUCAGCGGUUCCACUUCAAUUGGUGGUGGUGGAUUUGGAGCUGGCGGUGGAGGAUUUGGAGCUGGAGGUGGAGGAUUUGGAGCUGGUGGAGGAGGAUAUGGAGCUGGUGGUGCAGGAGGUGGAGGAUAUGGAGCUGGUGGUGCAGGAGGUGGAGGAUAUGGAGCUGGUGGUGCAGGAGGUGGAGGAUAUGGAGCUGGUGGUGCAGGAGGUGGAGGAUUUGGAGCAGGUGGUGCAGGAGGUGGAGGAUUUGGAGCUGGAGGAUAUGGAGGAGGCGGAGGUGGCCAAUUUUCAGGGGGAUAUUCUGCUGGAGGUGGAGGUGGAGGAGGCUACGGCAUGGGUGGAGGUGGAGGCUUCAGUUCUGGAAGCAGACAAGGUGUCGCCAUUAUCUCAACAACAUCUUCUUCCUCUUCAAGCAAAAGAAACUAUUAACCUGACUUCUUUAAUCCAGCAAAAUCUCUUUCUGCCUGCUAGACUAUGUCCUCUGUUUUUUUCAUGUCAAGAUUAUUAAAACAAAAUAAAGUUGGUAAUUAGACUCCUUACUAUAUUUUCUCUCAGUUGGAAAUAUGAUUAUUGGCCCCUUAACAAGUUACCUUUUCUAUAGCAUGUUACACAGCGCAUCAAUAUUGUUCACCAACACAUAAUGUGCAUACCAGAUUGAAUCUAGUUAUUGAAUAUUUCUGCAUGUGUCCACCAUUCUAUUUUAUGGAGAGCAUUACUGGAAUAAACUGGGUAUAUUUUGCCAAUGCCAAGGACAUCCAUAACCCUUUCUGUUCUGCCCUAUAUUAUCCACUAUUACAGUGGAACACAAUGGGUUGGGAGCAGGUCAAUGCUAUAACAUCUCAUUUUGACCAGCGCUUGGCAUAGUAGGAGUUGUACUUUAAAAAAAUGAUUAAAGAAAAACUUAUAAUGUCCAUACCAUUACUUUUGAUUUUGCAUUUUUUUAAAGUUUUAAGUUACUUUUAGUCUGUACAACAGCAGAUAAAUUGUACAUUGCAUGUUUAACUUCAAUAAGCUUGUCCUGUGAGUAACACUUCUGUUGUGACAAAUUGUGUUUUGCUAUUUUGUUUCUGCUAUCAAUACCUACACAGCCACUACUACCACUACUGACCAAAUGCUAGCUACUGAACCACGUAUGAACCUGCUCCUUUACCGUACUUAUUGUUCAAGCAAAGAAACCCUAAGCAACAUUUUUUGUCCUUCCCAUGCAAUUGCUAUUUCUCAUAACUGACUUCAUUGUACUGUAUAUCUAAUAAACUGCAUGUUUCAUA